UACGCGGAGAGCUACCUGCAAGUCUCCAAGCUGCCAAUCCAUUGUCAAUUACAUAAUGCUUUUGUCGUGGAUUCACUGUACAAUGCACGAUUGUAUCAGCACAAUGCAUCGCUUAUACAGCUGGUAUAAAUAUCAAACAUUCAUUUGACUUCUCCAGCUGAACUUUUGACGUUUCUCAUCUGUCUCGUCGCAGUUCAUACUACUUUUUAAAUUCGUCACUCAAGGCAGGCCUUUGGGAACCCCGGUGGACUUUUCAGCUAGCUGAACAUUGUUAUUCUUUUAUAUUUCUCCCAUAAUGAACUCGUCCGCAUCGUUUACAUCUGUUCGCCCUUCACUUCCCCCGCUUCAUACACUUCAUCUUCCUCGUGGAAAGAUUCAAGUCCCCCGCAUCGAUGCACUUCAUGACUUGUACAAAUCCAAACCCCAGAUUCCAAGGCUGCACAUACCUAGCAGUCAAUAUUCACAUUCAUGCCGGAACCGUCAGGUUUCUAUCUCAUCCUCAACGUUUUAUCGCACUCCCGUUUCCGCCCCUUCGCCCCUCUCAUCUUCGUGUUCCUCUACUUCUGAAGAUCAAUCCACUAAAAUUCGUCUUGUGCCUACCAUUGCUGAGCAUGCCGACGCAUUCUUUGUCAUUCCUGAUCCUAAUGCUCCGCACGUGCACCCCCUUUCCGGCGCAAACCUCGAACAACUUGCACCAACUCUUCUUCUGAUCGGGCCUGCUUUCCAACGUAUGCGCCAACCACAACGUCAAAUAGCCAAGGGGGCACGUUUGCGCCCCUAUCGUAUUGUGCGCAGUCCAGCGGACCGCAGAUUUUCUACUGCAUCCACGACCAAAAUCACGAAACUUACAGUAAAAAACCCUAUUACCAAAAGAAUGUGAUGCAUUGCUAGCGCACCAUUAAUGUAUUACCAGUAUUCUUUCUGAGGGGUGGAGGAGAAGUGUUGCUCUUACGAUACAAAUAAACUAAUGUUCGAAUCUGAUUCACUUCAAGUUGUACUACUAGUUGUAGGGGAGCACUGCUCACGUACAUUUGUCGCGUCUGAUUCACCUUGAUCAUCGUGAAGGAGACGGGGUACAAUACAUACGAUAACAAAGGUUUGAAUGGAUAUGCAGUAAAAUUUCUGAAACUGCUGAUCUCCCACUCAAGCUAGAAGUUAAAUCUGGUGGAACAAAGGAACAAUUACA